AUGUCUAGUAUUCACCAUCUAGGAACAAACGAAAAAGAAUCGAGCUCCUUCCUGCGUUUGCGAUAUUUGUCCCUGCUGCAGAAAAUUAGUAAAGACUGCUCAGUUCUGCUUUAUUUAACUGAUUUGAAGGAACCUCUCAAGGCCACCCUAAAUAUUUGGUGCCCUUCAGAUAUAAGAAGUAACUCAAAGACGAAGUUAGAACCAGGAUUCAUUUGUGUAAAAGAUCUGCAUACUCCGUUGGGUGUGGUUUGCAAAGCUCGUAUUCGUGAAUCUGACGUGUUAGCUAUUCAGGCCUUUUCGGAUUAA